UGAGCCUGCUGAAGCUCUCUCUGCUGCACACGGAGAGAGAGAGAGGGAGAAGGAGGAGGAGGAGGAGGAGGAGGAGACGAGGGAAGGGAGUCUUAAAACUGGAGUUGAAGCUCCUGCGCUUUUUAAAACGCCGCUCUCGCUCUUCUCCCCUCAGAAAGCCCUCCAACACUAGAGAAGUGGACUCAAGUUCUCCUCCACUCACUGACUUACUGACUGAAAACACACACUGACCGGGGGGCUGCUGUCUUCAUCCCACAGACCGAGAGACGGUGACCGUGAGGCGGGUUAUUAUUCACUCUACACACCGGUUCAACGGUUCAACAUUCAGCAGGACUUCACUCCUCCUCUGAAUAUCAACUUUUAAGGACUUUUUCUCCUCAAACGAGCCGGACCUCGCCUCCCAUCUUACCUUCUACAUUUAUCUAUCUUUUUAUCUGAGUGACUGACUGAGUGAGCAAGCUGAGUUUGUGCUCGUGUGGACUGAGGUUUCUGUACAGCAGGAGGACGGAGCUCUCACAUGCCAAAAUACAUGUAUGAGAAGGCGAUGGCACCCGAAACAAGAAACGGUGGAACUGCGACGUUAAAUAGCAGCACUGGCAUGAACAAGAGCAAGAGGAAAAUUUUAAUAGCUCUAGACAUCUUCUGCCUGCUCCUAGUCAUGCUGCCCUCCAUGGUGCUGCACAAAUCUACAGUACAGCCGUACCAGCGCGGCUUCUACUGCUCUGACGACAGCAUUCGCUACAUCUAUAAGAACAGCACUGUGCCCUCGUCCGUGCUGAUGGCCGUGGGCCUGCUCCUGCCCCUCACCAGUAUUGUGAUCGGUGAGUGCUAUAGGAUCCACUACCUGAAGCAGGGCACCCAGUCUUUUGUGGGCAACCCCUACGUCUCUGCCCUCUACAGGCAGGUGGGCGUGUUUAUCUUCGGCUGCGCGGUCAGCCAGUCCUUCACGGACAUAGCCAAGGUGUCGGUGGGCCGCAUGAGGCCACACUUCCUGGAUGUGUGCAAACCAGACUACACCACUAUCAACUGCUCCCUCGGCUACAUCACCGAGUACACCUGCCAGGGUAAUUCCAGCAAAGUGCAGGAGGCCAGGAAAUCCUUCUUUUCUGGACAUGCCUCAUUUUCAAUGUUCACCAUGCUGUACCUUGCAUUCUACCUGCAGUCUCGGUUCACAUGGCGUGGAGCUCGACUCCUGAGGCCUCUCCUCCAGUUCACUCUGUUGAUGAUGGCCUUCUACACUGGUCUGUCCCGCGUCUCUGACCACAAGCACCACCCGACUGACGUGCUGGCUGGAUUUGUACAAGGAGCACUUGUGGCCUACUGCAUAGUCUUCUAUGUGUCUGACCUGUUCAAGCCCAAAGUGAAGACCGCCACUCCUCCGCCCUCGCCAAUCAAAAAGGAGCUCCUCCCCUCGGCCGACAUCAUAGACAGGAACAACCACCACAACAUGGUGUGAGCGGAGGGCGGUGGGAGGAACCAUCUUUAACACCCUCCCCGACCCACCUCCUCUGAAGAAACCUGAACAGCCACCUGUGACUGAGGAGCAGCAGCACUUAAGCUGUUUCUCUCUCUCUUUCUCUCAUCUGACAGUAGAAUGUAGAGGCAGGAGACAGAGACCUUUAACUAUUGAGACUCUUUUAUUGUUGUUGUUUUUUUUUUAAUACCUUAUUCACGAUUCUCGCUAUUCUUCAUUUUGAGCCCAGUUCGCACACACAUAAACAAAGCUAAAUAUAUAACGUACAGAAAGGAACUCGUUACUUGGGAUUUUGUUACUUCCCAAAAUAGUGUGGACUAAAGUGGGCAUGCAACUUGGUUUGCAGCACACUGAAUGGAGUUAUAAGGGCUAAACAAAAGAACAGAGUGAAAAGAAUAUGAAACUUGGACUAAUGAAUGACUGAAUGAAUGGGUGGAUGCUUGAAUGAAUGAAAACAAAAGGAAGAAGAGUGUGACUGUGAGGCUGGUCAUAUGACCAGUGUCUGUCUCUCUCUGCCUCCCUCUCUCUCUUUUUUUGUCUGUCUACGUGUCUCACUUUGUGUCUCACUUUUUUCUCUUUCUCUCUUGUCUCUGAGGCCUUUUCUAAGUAUAGGAAAACAAAUUCCUUAGUUAUAGGAACGAUUCUUUUACCUGCAGUGUUACUAGCACAGAUAUAUUAACAGUAUAAAGACCAGUAACUUAUAGCACUAUAUCCAUUGAGUCCAUUGUAAAUCGUCACCACUCGCUGUCUGAGGGGUGUAGCUUUGGAGGAGCUUGGUGCGGUUUCUAGUGCAUGGUAGACUGAAAAAUUAACUUACACUGUGGUGUAUGGCACUCCCUGAGAAUUAGGGGGGCUUUGAACACACACCAUUAUGAUGCAUAGACACUCCUGAGCACUAGACCCAUCAAUGCUGCCCUUAGUUACCCGCACAGUGGCCUAGCUCCAAGAGAUGUUGCAUUUCACUGGGAUUUUUUUUUAUUAAGGGGUGGGCUGAGGGGGGAGUUGGGGUGUUUUAGAAAAGAAAAUGAUGGAAAUCAAAAAAAGGUUUCUAAAUCUUGAAUUCUAGAUGGCUGUUGCCCAUCUGCAGCAGUGUUGUGAGAGCAUGGCUGAGCCGUGCUUCUGCGUUGUGUUUCCGGGAGGGGUGGGGAGAAAGGUGAGGGGUGGUGGGAUUGGGGGAACUUUUACAUAUAUUUUCCCGUCACCAGGGUCGUUUGGGGUCGAGACCCAUCGACUGCACUGGCUUUGGCACAUUUAUAUUUGGGAUGGGGAGAACGAGCCUCUUCUGCUGGCUAGUAUUGACUCUUCUCCCGUCCAAUCACAUAAUCACUCAGCAGCAGCCGUGCCAUUCACACCUUUGGCCAGUGGUGGCGCUAAUUGAAGUAUCCCCCAGCAAGUGCCCCAGGUGUGUGUGUGUUUUGGUGUAUGGGGAAAGGGGGAGGGAGGUGGGUCCCCACCAGUUACUCUGUGCCAUGUGUUGUGUAUGCAUGUAUGUGUGCUCGUAUGUAUGUAUGUUUGUGUGUGUGUGUGUGUGUGUGUGUGUGUGUGUGUGUGUGUGUCACUAUGAUUCUGCACGUGGUCCUUGACCUCGUGCAGAGCACUAUUAACCAUGUGAAGAAAAAAAAACAUGAAAGAAAACUGUGGAUUUUUUUUUCUCUCUCUCUCUUUCUCUUUAUACGCCUCUUCGGCCUUUUCCCUUCUCUAAAUGACGUCUACUGUCCUCACUAACAGCUGUACAGUUCUGCCAGAUUAUUUUACCGUAUACACAGCAUACGCCACAUCUACACAACCCAACACGCCACACAGCCUCCGACAUGUUGCACAUCCCCGCACAUUGUAUAGUCCGUCCUAUCAUUUCAGCAAGCUGUUUUAUUUUCUCCUUUUAAAUA